CUUGGAAGCAACAAUUAAGCAGCUCUGGGAUAAAACACACAGCCCGCGGGAGCACGGAGGCAUUGCUUCAAGAGAUGGCAAGGCAGGCAGCUGCACCCCUCCUCCCCGGAGUCCUCCUCCUCCUCUCCAUCCUCCCGGCUACUCAGCAAGGAGGGGUUCCUGGUGCUAUCCCGGGAGGGGGAGUCCCAGGAGGAGGUUUUUUCCCAGGUGCUGGAGUUGGAGGUUUGGGAGCAGGACUCGGGGCUGCAGGAAAACCUCCCAAACCAGGGGUCGGAGGACUUGGGGGACUCGGCCCCCUUGGCCUGCAGCCAGGUGCUGCGGGCCUGUUCCCCGGAGCUGCCUUCCCCGGGGGGGUGUUCCCGGGAGCUGCCUCGGCCGCGGCGCUCAAGGCUGCUGCAAAAGCUGGUGCUGGCAUUGGAGGCGUGGGUGGAAUUGCUGGUCCUGGUGGCCUCGGGGUCUCCACAGGUGCCGUGGUACCGGGCGCGGUGCAGCCCGGCCUUGGCGCGGCAGGGAAAGCCCCUAAAAUACCAGGUGCUGGGAUUCCUGGAGCUUUUCCAGGUGGCGUGCUCCCCGGAGCAGGUGUUCGCUUCCCUGGUGUGGGAGUGCUGCCCGGAGUCCCCACUGGAGCUGGAGUCAAGCCUAAAGCCCCAGGAGUUGGAGCCUUUGGAGGAAUCCCUGGACUGGGAGGUUUUGGAGGUCAGCAGCCCGGUGUCCCUCUGGGUUAUCCCAUCAAAGCUCCUAAGCUCCCAGGUGGCUAUGGACUGCCCUACACCAAUGGCCUCAGGCCCGGCGGGAUAGGAGCCGGCCUCCUGGCAGGAAAGGCAGGAUACCCUACCGGGACAGGGGUUGGAGCACAGGCGGCGGCGGCGAAGGCAGCAGCGAAACUUGGAGCCGGUGUCUUGCCCGGCGUUGGCGGCAUCCCGGGAGUUGCACCUGGUGUCGGCAUCGGCGGUGUCCCAGGAGUUGGAGUUGGAGGACCGGCAGCGGCGGCAGCAGCAGCGAAGGCAGCGGCAAAGGCAGGAGCUUUUGGUCCAGGGGCAGUGCCCGGAGUCGGAGGUGUCCCUGGCUUGGUACCCGGUGUCGGAGCUGUCCCCGGGGCGGUGCCCGGCGUCGGAGGUGUCCCCGGGGUGGCAGGGGUGCCGUCGGCGGCAGCAGCAGCGAAGGCAGCUAAGUACGGCGCCGGCGUUCCCGGUGUCGGUGUGGGCGGCGUCCCCGGCCUCGUGCCCGGAGUCGGAGGUGUCCCUGGCUUGGUACCCGGUGUCGGAGCUGUCCCCGGGGCGGUGCCCGGCGUCGGAGGUGUCCCCGGGGUGGCAGGGGUGCCGUCGGCGGCAGCAGCAGCGAAGGCAGCUAAGUACGGCGCCGGCGUUCCCGGUGUCGGUGUGGGCGGCGUCCCCGGCCUCGUGCCCGGAGUCGGAGGUGUCCCUGGCUUGGUACCCGGUGUCGGAGCUGUCCCCGGGGCGGUGCCCGGCGUCGGAGGUGUCCCCGGGGUGGCAGGGGUGCCGUCGGCGGCAGCAGCAGCGAAGGCAGCUAAGUACGGCGCCGGCGUUCCCGGUGUCGGUGUGGGCGGCGUCCCCGGCCUCGUGCCCGGAGUCGGAGGUGUCCCUGGCUUGGUACCCGGUGUCGGAGCUGUCCCCGGGGCGGUGCCCGGCGUCGGAGGUGUCCCCGGGGUGGCAGGGGUGCCGUCGGCGGCAGCAGCAGCGAAGGCAGCUAAGUACGGCGCCGGCGUUCCCGGUGUCGGUGUGGGCGGCGUCCCCGGCCUCGUGCCCGGAGUCGGAGGUGUCCCUGGCUUGGUACCCGGUGUUGGAGCUGUCCCCGGGGCGGUGCCCGGCGUCGGAGGUGUCCCCGGGGUGGCAGGGGUGCCGUCGGCGGCAGCAGCAGCGAAGGCAGCUAAGUAUGGUGCUGGCGUUCCUGGCAUCGCUGGUGUUCCCGGUGUUCCCGGUGUUCCUGGAGUUCCCAGUGUCCCUGGUGUCCCAGCCAUUCCUGGUGUGCCUGGGGUUCCUGGUGCUGUGCCCGGUGUUGGAGUGGGUGGCCCAGCAGCAGCGGCCGCAGCCAAGGCUGCAGCGAAAGCAGCAGCGAUCGGAGCAGGAGCCGUGCCCGGCGUUGGUGUGCCCGGCGUUGGUGUGCCCGGCGUUGGUGUGCCCAGCGUUGGCGUUCCCGGAGUGGGUGUUCCUGGAGUGGGUGUGCCUGGUGUUGGCGUGCCCGGUCUGGUGCCUGGGGUCGGCGUUCCAGGAGGCCCAGCAGCCGCUGCCAAAGCAGCCGCCAAAGCAGCCAAGUACGGAGUAGGUGGCCUGGCUCCUGGCGUGGGUGGCCUGGCUCCCGGUGUGGGUGGCCUGGCUCCCGGCGUGGGUGGCCUGGUUCCUGGAGUAGGUGGCCUGGUUCCUGGUGUUGGAGGUGUCCCAGGUGUUGGAGGUCCAGCAGCAGCGGCCAAAGCAGCAGCCAAGGCAGCCAAAUUUGGUGCUGGGGUUGGCGGGGUGCCAGGGGUCGUACCUGGCGUGGGCGGAGUGCCCGGAGUGACACCCGGUGUUGGUGGCGUGCCCGGCUUGGUGCCAGGGGUAGGAGUACCUGGAACUGGCAUCAUUCCCGGGGCAGGCAUUCCCCAAGUAGGGGUGCAGCCUGGUGCUAAACCUCCCAAAUUCGGUGUUCCUGGGGUUGGAGUCCCAGGCGUUGGUGGCCUCCCAGGUGGCCUUGGAGUCGGUGGGCUCGGAGUUGGUGGCCUCGGAGCUGCUGGGAAACCUCCCAAGCCAGGCGUUGGAGUUCCAGGCUUCGGCGUAUCACCGGUAUUUCCAGGUGGGGUCGGCGGCCUGGGAUUCGGUGGGAAGCCCCCCAAGCCCUACGGAGGAGCUCUGGGUGCCCUGGGCUUUAGAGGCGGCGCGGGCUGCGCGGCAGGGAAGUACUGCGGAAGGAAGCGGAAGUAACGCUCCGCCACCCAUCACCUCAUGAACUUUGGUGCUACUGCAUGGUCCAGAAUGUAAAUCCGAAGCAAAGCUGAGACACCCUCUCCUCAAGCCCCGGACCACCCCCCCCCCCCCCGCCGUCCAUCCCGGGGCCGUGCCCGGCGCCGCGUUUCCCGGAGGGACCCCGCGUUCCCCGGCAGCGCCCGGCCCCCCUCGCCCCUCGGUCCCGGCAGGGAGCGCGGAAUAAACUGCGGGGAGCAGCCGUCCCCCUUGGUGCUAUCGCUCUCUGCGGGAUUUGGGGGGGGCUGGGCUGUCGCGCCCCUCCCCAGCCCCAGAGCUGACCUCCGGAGGGGGGGGGACACAGGAUGAGGGGCACCCCACAUUGGAGGAAGGGAGGGAGGGAAGGGGAUGCCGGAGGCGGGGGCUGUGCGGGGAGGGAUGGCCCCGUCAGCCCGGCCCCCACCCCAGUCCCCGCGCUCCCCGCGGUUUGGGGGGGCCGCGGGCAGGAGGGGCUCAGUCCCUUCACGUUGCUCACUUUGCUAUAACUGGGUGGGACGCCCUAUACAGAGGGACUUGCUUCUGACAGACUAAUAAAGGACAAGUUUUUAAAGGA